GGAGGAGCCGCUAUGCACCCGGGGCCGCCGUGCGCCUGGCAGCCCCGCGCCGCGCUCCGCCUGUGGCUGGGCUGCGUCUGCUUCGCGCUGGUGCAGGCGGAUAGCCCCUCAGCCCCAGUGAAUGUCACCGUCAGACAUCUCAAAGCCAAUUCUGCAGUUGUCAGCUGGGACGUCCUGGAAGAUGAGGUUGUCAUCGGGUUUGCCAUCUCUCAGCAGAAGAAAGACGUGCGGAUGCUGCGCUUCAUCCAGGAAGUAAACACCACCACUCGCUCCUGUGCCCUUUGGGACCUAGAGGAAGAUACCGAGUACAUUGUGCAUGUGCAGGCCAUCUCCAUCCAGGGCCAGAGCCCGGCUAGUGAGCCUGUGCUCUUCAAGACUCCAAGAGAGGCUGAGAAGAUGGCCUCCAAGAACAAAGAUGAGGUGACCAUGAAAGAGAUGGGGAGGAACCAACAGCUGAGGACAGGCGAGGUGCUGAUCAUCGUCGUGGUCCUGUUCAUGUGGGCAGGUGUCAUUGCCCUCUUCUGCCGCCAGUAUGAUAUUAUUAAGGACAACGAACCAAAUAACAACAAAGAAAAAACCAAGAGUGCGUCAGAAACCAGCACACCAGAGCACCAGGGCGGCGGUCUCCUCCGCAGCAAGAUAUGAAACCUUUUCAGUGCUUGCUCUGAGCAGCUCAGAAGAAAGACAUUAGAGAAUGUGAGAGGAUUUCAUGGUUCUGACGAUGAUU